AGCAGCGCGUCGACGCGGCCCUGCUGCGCUCUCAGCUACGUUACAGUACGCAAAGUGUACACCUUUUGGGCCUCAUCCAAUCUCAUCAUCCAAUUCGAUCGGUUUCAGCAGCUACAAGAUGCUCUCCAGGGCAACAACCAGGGCGUUGCACGCGGCCCGCGCGCUAAGCGCUGAUUCAGCGCGAGCGGCACAGAAAAUGCACGCGGCACGCGCGCUAAGCGCUGCGCCAGCGCGAGCGGCACAGAAAAAGAAACUCCUGGGCCCGAAGAAGAACGCACAACAAGUGCGCGACCUGCUCCGGACGCGGCUCGCGCUGACGGAAGCGGAGCUGGAUCGGAUGGUGCGGCGCCGGCCCCUCGGCGCGCUCACGACCAUCAAGCCGAAGCUCGACUGGUUGCAGCGCCGCCUCGACCUGGACACUCAACAAUUAGCGAGGUUGGUGAGAAGGGAGCCGACGGUGUUGACGAACAGCGUCGAACGGAACAACGCGCCGACGCUCGACUGGCUCCAGACGCGCCUCGAGCUGGACACGGCGCAACUGGGGCGGAUGGUCGUGAAGCUGCCGGCCCUGGUGGGCAAGCGCCCCGAGAGCAUGGAGGAAAACUGCGACUGGCUGCGGCGGCGUUUAGGUCUCGACGCGACGCAGACGCGGCGGCUCGUCGCGGGGUUCCCGCCGCUGCUGUAUCUCAGCGUCGAUGAAAAUUUAAAGCCGACGCUCGACUGGCUCCAGAAACGCCUCGACCUGGACGACGGGGGGCUGAGGAAGAUGGUUCUGACGCAUCCGCCACUGCUGGGCUUGAGCGUCGAGGCCAACAUGGCCCCGAAGCUCGCCUACCUCGAGCAGGAACUCAACAUGACGCGCGCCGCGCUCCGCGACCACGUGCUGCGGAUCCCGGCCAUCCUGGCCUACAGCCUCGACAAGCGCUACCGCCCGCGCGUCGAGGCGUGCCGCGCGGCUGGGGUGGAUGCGGGCUACGUCCUCACGGCCGCCCCGCUGACGGACGAGUACUUCUACGAGCGCCUCGAGACGAUGCGGGAAGUAGUCGUCGCGACCGCGUCGUCGCGCGCGACGACGCCGCCGGGACGACGGGCGUUCAGCACCGCGUCCUCCGACGACGGCAACGGCCUCCCGGGCACGGAGCACGGCGGGCGGCGCCUCGCCAUCGUCUUCACGUGCACCGUCUGCGACACGCGCUCGGCGAAAAAAUUCUCGGAGCACGCCUACCGGCAUGGGGUGGUUGUCGUGCGCUGCCCGGGCUGCGGGAACGACCACCUCAUCGCGGACAACCUGGGGUUCUUCGAGGACGACUGGACGCUCGAGGAUAUGUUAAGGGCGCGCGGCGAUAGCGUCGAGACGCUCGACGACGACAACCUGGCGGAGGGGGUCGACGCGGAGUUGUUGAAAAGGCUCGUCGAGGGCCGGCGGGGUAAAUAG